UAGGAAGGCUGCUUCACUUCAACGUCCUAAGCUGGAUAAAAUGAGCGCUAAUGCAUGCAAUGUUGUUGCCACUCCUGGCCACAUACCUCCUCCUUUGAGGCAAGGCGAGACGUUCCAUGUCUUCAUCAGUCAUAGCAGUACCGACUACCAGUGGACGCACACCCUCAUAGAGCAGCUGGAAGUCCAAGGCCUUCACGUGUGUUAUCACGAGCGCGACUUCACGGCAGGUCGCACCGUGCUGGAGAACAUGUCUGAGUGCAUCCAGGAGAGCCAGAAAGUCCUCCUGGUCCUCAGCUCGGAGUUCGUGAGGAGCCGCUGGUGUCUCCUGGAGGCCAACAUGUCUCUGUUCAGAGACUGCCUGGAGAGAAAGCCCCUUGUCCCUGUGCUUUUGGAGCCAGGGGUCACCAUCCCGCUCCAUCUGUGCCACCUCACCUACUUGGAGGCCCGCGACCCAGAGUUUAUGCCCAAGUUGCUGAAGGUGCUCUGCACCCCCAACCGGCAGCUCCAAGGCUCCACAGUGGUUCCCUACCAGCCUCCGUCCAUCUACCACGGGAAGGCCCUACAGCCUUUAACUGCUGCUAAUGUAGAAAAUCUUUACAAGUGGGAUGCGGGACAAUUCAGUGACAUGGAAAUACCGGACCAACUGCGCUUGAUCAUUGUGAACCAAGAGAAGUACAGGGAGGCCAUUGGCAUCAUCAACAGUGUGUCUUUAGAUAAAGUAUGGCUGCGUCCACUCUGGAUCAGAGUUAUUCUCUAUAUUUAUGGUAUAAUAGCAAUAGUGUUACUGGUUGUUAUUUUUACGUUAAUAUUUACAAAUGUAGCAGGAUCUAUUUUACAAGAUACACCCGAGGGCAUUCCCAUAGAUAUUGUAAUCUUCCUAUGUUUGUUCUCCAUUCCAUUUGGUGUGCUCAUUCAACUUUGUCUUUGGAAGAUGGAUGACGAGAAGUUUAUAGUGAAGGAGAUGCAAAAAGCCGCUGGUCAGGCAAAUAUAAUCCUUUUUGAGCAAAAUAUCCUGAUGGGCUUUAGGUCCAAUUCCAUUAUGUAUCUGGUGUAUGUUUCUCUGGAAGGUUGCAAAGGGGAGUUUGCGACGACAUUUAAGCAUUCAACCAGCGCGGAGGAGUGCUUUAAAGUAGCUCUACUUCGCUUUUCGUCGGAGUAUGCUUGCUGCCUUGCGAAAAAGCACUUCCCGUUUGCUCAGCCGUGCCCAAUCCAAGGUCACCUGGAGGGAGGGGUCUGUUUUUGUCAGUAUGUCUCCCAGCAACUGAGCAGAGGGGAGUGGAAGUGAGAGUACUGCACACCUUGAACUAUCAUUUUCAAUGCUUCAUCUGAACUCAUUCGCUGCUAUUGACAGUGAUAGAUAUAACAUUAAAAAAAGAAACAUGUAGAUUAUGGCACAAGUACAGCUGUGACUACAGAAUCACUUCUGUCAACUGUCAGCGCACUAGGGAAACAAAAAUCCAAAAUCUGGAGCAUGUUGGGGUUUUAUAAACGAGAUGGACAACUCAAUUGUGCAUUGCAGCUAUCGUAUUGCAUCAUACUGCUUCCAAACGUAAUUAAUUCGUAAUCGAAACGCUAUGAUUUCAAGAUAUAUCCUUUGUAUCGAAUCGCAAUCCAUUAAUCUAGAAACAUAGCGAAGACUCACAAACCUAACAAUAAUACAGUCAUUCCUUUUUGGUUUAAGGAUUGAUAAUAUUAGUAUAGUAAACAGGUAAUUCGUCCUAAUUCUGGAUUCCUGACUGCACAAGGACUGCUUCAACCCUCACUGUGCCCUGUUAAACCCAAAUACUGUAUGUCCUGUCUUGCCUUGUAUUGUAUUGUCAUGAUAUGAAUUCAUUUAUCGUUGAUUACAAUGUUCAAAGAUAUGUUUUAACAGCCUUCCUCAAUAUUAAAAUAAGACGUGCAAAUGGUUGUUGUUUUUUUAAUGAUAUUUUAUGGCUCAGGACGAUGGAUAUAACACGCCUGUUGCAACAGCUAAAGUGUACACUGUAAGAACACACCAUUCUCUAAACUAUUUAAAUUCCCUUGUUUUUAGUGUAAAUCAGUUUCACAUACCAUAUUGGCCCGAAUACAAGAUGGUGUUUUUUGCAUUGAAAUAAGACUGAAUAAGAGGGGGUCGUCUUAUAUUCGCGGUCGCGACAUUAUACCCAUUCACGACGCUAGAUGGCACCAGAUAUCAUUAAAGCGAUGUUUUGUCAUGACAUAUCUCAGCUAAUCUCCCUAUUCACGACGCUAGAUGGCGCCAGAUAUCAUUGAAGCAAUGUUCUGUCAUGACAGAUCUCAGCUACUCUCAAGUUUAACCAGUUUGCAUUAUUUUAUUGCAAUGUUUUUCCUUAUUCAGGUUUGUUUCAAGACUACAGUUACAGUUGGACUUCACUUUGAUGGUUAAUGCAGUUAUUGCAAUUUUUUUUUGUUUUAUCACAAUAGAUUGGUUUAUUUACAUUUCAAAAACCAGAAGCCAUUCAUUUACGAAUUUGAUUGCACUUUAGUUUACAUAUUUAAAUGUUCAGAUAUUAAGAUAUGAAUGAGGCAAAAUAACAUGAGGGGGUUGUCUUAUAAUCAGGGCCGUCUUAUAUUCGGGCCAAUACGGUAAGUGAAAUUAUCUGGCAGUGCUUCAAAUAGAUUUUACUCUGAUUUUUUAGAAUAAGAUAAAUAGUUAGCUGAAAAUAGGUUUAACAGGUUUAUUUUAAGCAAUAAAUUCGUAUAAUUCAUCUUGAAAAAGCUUUGAAAAGUCAGAAAUGUUCUUAAUUCAAGAAUAAAUAUUGUUCAAA